AGUAAUAGCAAAGGAAGAGUAAAUACUGCAUUUAUAGCGAAUAGCGACGUAUAUGUAAAAGCAAAAGAACCGCUGUGGCUAAUCUUUCUAAUUGUGGUUUAUUUCAUUUCCCUUUGUUGGUCACCGAUUCUGUUUCUUGUUUCUUUCCAGGGCUGCUUUCUCGCCGUAUAUUACUUUUCCUACAUAUAUAUAUAUAUAUAAUUUGCGCGAGUGUCGCCUUUCUUUUCUCUUUCCUCUUCCCUCCCCCUUCCCUCUCCCUCCCCUCCCUCCUCUCCCUCCCCCUCCGCGCUCUCGCCGUGUUUUCGCGCACGCAAUUCACCUCCGGUGCAGCGAAGCUUCAACACAGCCGCAUUGCCGUCUUCCGUUGGGGGAAAGAACAUAAAUUAACGAACAGGCCGGGUUUCUUUUUCCAUUUCUUAUCUCAUUUGUCUUCGUCUUAGUAGCUUCCACGGAAGCCACUGUCAGCGCCAUGUCCGUCUACGGCAGCGGUCUCUUGUCAGAGCACACCAUGCGGAAUCCCCUACGCUUCGUGCAACACGCGCGUGCCACCGCAGAAGACGAGUACCAGCAUCAGCAGCAGCAGCACAUUGCGGAGCUGAUGCGAGUGGAGGUGGACCGUCACCAGCUGAACUUCAUCUCUGCGUCGCGUAUCCAGGCCUUUGUGAAGUCGCGGAGCUCGUUGCGCACCGUACUCGGUGUGGCGGUGCUCAGUGCGGAGGACAUCACCGCUGAGGAGCACGCCAACGUCGCGGUGUACUUCGAAGCCGUCGCCCCCGAUGGCACGGCGUGGAUGGAGGGUCUCGCCGCGCCCUCCCCUCUCUCGUCGCCUUUGUCUUCUCCUUCUUCGCAGCGUGGUGAAACCCGUCAAGGAACUGCAGCGAAGAGACCGGAUGUCGGCCACGAACCCGAUGCAUCGAAGGCAGCAGAUACGUGGUGGACGUUGCGGCCCUCAUCUGCUGCUUCUUCACGCCGGACGCGCAACACUGAAGGAGGCAGCAAGACAGAAGCGAAGACCGCCAGCGCCGCUUUUCCUACGUUUGCGAGCUACGGUGCCGCGAACGUGACGCGCCGCCGCAAGCGAACAGCACGCGUCUCGUCUCAUAAAACCCUCGCACGUCAGACCUCGGAGGACGCACUGAAUAGGCGCGUGCGACGCAACGGACGCGCCCCGUCCGCGGUGCAUCCGACAGAACAAGACGGCGACUCGCACCAGCUGCGUGCCGUCACAACACAAAAGGCUGCGCACAUCAUAAAGCAAAGCACGAAGCGCGAAGCGAGGGUGGAUGAGGCCACCAUCGUCUUCACCGAUCCCUGCGUUGCUGCUCUGCCCGGCUCUGAUCUGGCUGCGUUUACCAAAACCCUCCAGAACGUACAGAAAAAUGUCGUGGUGCGCGCUAUCUUCCCCGACUAUGGGGAUCCGCAUACGGCGCUUUCACGCAACACUGAUCCAUUCAGAGCUCGUCGCACGCCCUCAACUGGGAUGUCGGAGAUUGCGGCGCACGUGUUGUCUGCGAUCAGCGCAGCGCAGGGAGUCGCACGGCGCACGCUGGACCAGGCUGUUGUGCUCCGCACCGCUGCGGUGGACGAGCACGUCCAGCAAUGCGUGCAGGAGGCAAAGGUCUCGCAGCGUCCACGCUUCCGUCGACGCACGUCGCUUGAGGUGUACGGUCGCGGCUCCUACACGACCGCACAGUAG